AUGUCAGGUGACAAGCAGACGACAUCAGACCCUAUCCCGCUAGUCAGCAAGCUCGAGGACAUCUACUCGUCCCGCGAUGCUCAGCUAAAGCAGGGACAGCGAUGGGACGCCUUGACGCAGCGCUUUGAGAAGGACUUUGGAUCAAAGCCAGACUUUAUUGCAAGAGCGCCGGGCAGGGUCAAUGUCAUCGGCGAGCACGUAGACCACAUGGGCUUCGGCGUCCUGCCCGCGGCCAUCGAGCUAGACAUCCUCAUGGUCGUCCGCGUCGUCCCUGCAGACGAGGGCACUUCUUCAUCAUCAUCAUCGACGAUCCAUUUCGAUCUUGCCAACUCGACGGACCGCUUUGAGCGCGCCACUUUCUCGAGCGAUGUGCGAGACGCAGCCUCAGUCGAGCUCAUCCACGAUGGGCCGACGAGAUGGGCAAACUACUUCAAGGUGGCAUGGAAGGGUCUCCAUCCUCAUCUUCCCUCCAACACCCUCUCCGACCGACCUCCCUCGCGCAUCGAAGUCCUCGUUGACGGGACCAUCCCCCCUGAAUCUUCCCUGUCCUCCUCGGCGGCAAUGACCGUGUGCUCGAGUAUUGUCAUCCUCGAGGCGCUCGGUGCGCGCGAUCAGGUAUCGAGGAGGGAAAUGGCUGAGGUGGCCAUCGAGUCGGAGCGCUAUGUAGGUGUUGCCUCAGGCGGCAUGGACCAGAGUGCCAGCAUCUUUGGAGAGCCGGACUCGGUCCUUCACAUCACCUUCCAUCCCGGUCUUGCGAUCUCUCGCGUCUCGAUGCCGAAGAGCGAUCCAGAAUGCACCUUCCUGAUCGCAAACUCCCUCGUCGUAUCAGACAAGAAGGUAAAUGGUCCAGUCCAAUACAAUCUGCGCGUCGUAGAGCUCCUCGUCGCUGCACGCAUCUUCUGCCUCUCGGUGGGCAUCGACCUUCCCUCCUCUGGACCGCAGGCCACCCCGACUUGGCGACAAGUGGUAGACCUCUACUUCAAGAAGUACCCCCUCAGCGACAAAGAAGGUGACGAGGAGGUUCAGCAAGUGCGCCAAGAGCUCGGUGAGGAGGCAGCCCAGCUUCAUGUCCUCUCGCAGCUUGUCGAGUCCCACCUGCCUCCUGCGGCAAUCGAUCUCGAGGAGGCGAAGAAGCUCACCAAGCUGGAGCAAGGCGAUAACUUCGCUAAGGCAUUCUUGCAGCGCUUCGAUGUUCGCACUGAGCAAGGAUUCGAGUGCCUCAAGAGGACAAGGCACGUCUUUGCUGAAGCUCUGCGUGUUUGGCGAUUCAAGGCACAGUUGCAGAGUGGGCGCGAGGGGAAGGAGCUGUACGAGGAGUUGGGAGAGAUGAUGAAUCAGUCGCAUGAGAGCUUGGCUCGCGACUACUCCAACACCUGUCCUGAGCUCGAGUCUCUCGUCACUCUUGCUCGUACCGCCGGCUCCUUGGGUUCACGCUUGACUGGCGCAGGCUGGGGAGGAUCGACUGUCCACCUCGUGCCUAAAGCCAAGGUUGGCGAGGUGCUGCAGGCGUGGAAGGAGGGCUACUACGCAAAGCGAUGGCCUGAGAUCAGUGGGAAUGAGGAGAAACUGGGUGAAGCGAUGCUGGAGAGCAGACCAGCGGGUGGGGCAUGUGUCAUGAGGUUGUGA